AUGAGUAGUAAAACAAAGAGUAAUAAAAAAAUAAAGAAUGACGAUGGUGAUUCUAAGGCUGUGGUUGAGGACGUCGACGAACUCGAGAGAAUCGGAAAUAUGGUGAAAAAGAUCGAGGGUAAUACAAUUUACAGACAUUUCUAUACGACCGGAGAUCUACACAAAUGGCUAGAGGAAAAUCACAAGACCGCCAAAGAGUUAUUUAUUUGCUUCUACCGAAAGGACAGCGGAAAGAAGUCGAUCUCAUGGGAAGAGGUUCUCGAUGUGAUGUUGUGUUUCGGGUGGAUCGACGGUGUCAGACGUCGCUGUGACGACGAGAGUUACUGCAAUCGCUAUACACCAAGGCGUCCAACAAGCAACUGGAGUUUUAUCAAUAUCAAAAAGGUGGAGAAACUCAUCGAGGAGAAUCGAAUGAAGCCGAUGGGUUUGGAGGCGUUCGCCAAGCGAAAAGUUGCCACUGCCGAAGAGGCCUACGAGAAAGAGAACCGAAAGCUCACAGGUAGUUUGCUAGCCAAAUUCAAGCGGUCAAAAGAGGCAUACAAAUUCUACACGGAACAAACCGAUUACUAUCAAAAGGUUUCCAGUCGAUACGUGAUGAAUGCGGUGCGAGAAGAGACAAGAGAGCAGCGACUCGAUGAACUGAUAAAAGCAUCUUCAAAAUACGAAAGAAUGGACCGAUUCAAACCACUAAAACAGCAAAAGAAAAACAUAACCAAAGCAACAACCAACAACUCUAAAUCGAAAAGAAAGAAAAGAGAAGAAGAGUCUGAAUCUGAAUCUGAAGAGUCUGAUUAUGAAUCGGAUUCAUCAAGUAGUAGUAGUAGUGACGAAUGA